UAAAUCUAACCUAAGGUUGCCCGUCGUACGAACGUUUUAACUGUAAGAUCGAAGUUACCAAUACGUGUAAUUUUAAUUGCUUUAAGCUAAGUUCUUAGAGGUGUAAACUCUUCCAUUGAUAUUUCUUUAUUGCUGAAUCAGUGUAUGUUUACUGGAUAGAGGGCAGAGGGCUAGUCUUUGAAAAGAUCGUGCUAUGACAAAGCUGCGAUCUCCCCCCGCAGAUGCGUGACGUGAUAUGGAUGUCGCCGAACACUUUGGUAUAAGUGUUCGCUCACAUACGUAUGACUGAACAACUAAGCUACACGGAAACAUAUUGUACCACAACAACAUCGCUGCAAGCUACAAAAAAAAAAAAGUAAUCAGAUCUAGAUCUCUAGAUCUAGAUUUAUCAAUCGUCGCAUUGUGUAUCAACGGGCAGUACUCGUGGGCCUGCGCUGGCUGUCGUUCGCAAACAAUAGCAGUAGCGUUAGUCACGUGACCAACAUCUAGUUCACACACACACGUAUAGCCUACACGCAAGGUCAGAUAUAAGCAAUUUUGCCUGGUGGACUGGCCACUUAUUACGUCGACACGGCUACCAACAAAACCGCAACAUCUCUGCACGAAGAUGCUGGUCGUGACUGUAGUCCUUGGCCUUGUUCUCCUUCUUAUUUUUCUGGCUUACUUCAGACCGCACAAAAGAGUUCGGUACUUGAUUGACCAAAUCCCAGGACCCAAGCCAGUGCCGUUGCUCGGCAACGCGCACCAGUUAUGCGUCGGACAUGACUGGUACAGGCAGCUACUGGGGUUCGCCUCAUCUUACGCAGACGCAGGGGCCUUCAGAGUCUGGUUAGCCAACAAACCGGUGGUUGGAAUUUUUAAACCUGAAUUUGCUGAGGUCAUACUGAGCAGCAUGAAACACAUUGACAAGGCUUUGGAAUACCAGUUUUUGGUUCCCUGGCUAGGCACGGGGCUGCUUAUCAGCACUGGAGAGAAAUGGAAACAGCGCAGGAAGAUGCUGACCCCAACCUUUCACUUCAACAUUCUGCAUGAUUUCCUUCAAGUCUUCAACAAACAGUCUCGUAUUCUCAUGAAAAAACUAAACAAAAAGUCAUCCAAUCAAAUUCCUUUUAACAUUUUUCAAGAUUUUGCACUAUGUGCAUUGGAUAUUAUUACUGAAACAGCUAUGGGUAAAACAAUGGAGGCCCAGUCCACUGAUUCAGAUUAUGUGUAUGCUGUAUAUAGGAUGAGUACACUGGCAGACCUACGCAUGCGUAAACCCUGGUGGGGAAAUGAUUUUAUUUACAACACAUUCGGUCCAGGCAAAGAACAAGCUAACAAGCUGAAGAUCCUACAUGACUUUACCAAUUCUGUGAUUGCUGAUAGGCUGAAAGACUUCGACCAGAAGAAAGCUGAACUGAUUGGCCAAGAGCUCAGUGGCCUCAACUCAGAUCCCGGCCAGAGGAAAAGGGUCAGGCUGGCCUUUCUGGAUAUGCUGCUGUACAUGUCAGAGAACUUGACCAAGUUGUCCAUGGAGGACAUCAGGGAGGAGGUGGACACCUUCAUGUUUGAGGGUCAUGACACAACAGCUGCAGCCAUGAACUGGGCAACUUACUUGAUUGGUUCGCAUCCAGACGUACAGGUCAAAGUUCAUGAAGAAAUAGAUCGAGUGUUUGGUGACGAUGACAGAGAUGCAACAAUGGAGGACUUGAAACAGUUGAAAUAUUUAGAAUGCUGUAUUAAAGAAGCUUUAAGGCUGUUUCCAUCAGUUCCUGUGUUUGCAAGGCACAUUGGUGAAGAUCGUCAAAUAGGUGAUUACACAAUUCCCAAGAACACCACGUGUGUUGUUGUUACCAUUGCCAUCCAUCGCAACCCAAAGAUCUACCCAGAUCCAGAACAGUUCAAGCCUGAGAGGUUUCUUUUAGAGCAGUAUAAAAACAGACAUCCAUACAGCUACAUUCCAUUCUCUGCUGGUCCUAGGAAUUGCAUUGGCCAAAAGUUUGCCCAGUUAGAGGAGAAGACAGUGCUGUCCCAUCUGUUCCGAAACUUUUCUGUCAAGUCAACACAGAGCAGAGCAGAGAUUCGGCCAGUGGGAGACCUAAUUUUAAGGCCAGAGUCAGGAGUUUUUGUGGAACUCACACCCAGGGCUAACAGGAACUAAGGCAGUAUUAUGUUGUUCUAGAUAGAAUUUUCAAAUAGCAUGCUUGAUUGAAGUUUUUUUUAUCUUAACAGUAUUUCACCAUUCACCUUAAUGAAAACUUUUUCUACUAGGACAAUACAAGUAUACAAAAACUUGCCCUUUAAAAUUUUGCUACAAAAAUAUUUAUUUUCUACGUUUUAGCAAUAAUUUAUUUUUCAUAGAUUGUAAAUAUGCUGAUAGUGAUAUUGUAUAUUGUAAUAGGUAAUUGAUCAAAUUGCCUCUUUAAUUUAUUUUGAAAGAAACUGUAUUUAUAUUUUGUAGAAGCUUAUGUAUUCUUCUGGUUAUAAAUCCACCUCUUUUACAGCUAUACAUCAGCUUCUAAGCUAUGAAGAAUAUUUAUAGAUUGUAAAUUACAAGGUUAUUUAAUUUAAAUGCCCUUCUUACUUUUAUAUGUAAUGUUUUUAUACAUGUUACUUUUCUUACCGGUGUUUUUAUUAUUUGUAGCAGCAGUUUAAAACAAUUUAUAUUAAUUCAUUAUUAUAAUUGUUAUAUUAUAAU